AUGACCAUGGCUGCCAUAACCCUUUGCCCUAACUUUGCAAGUCCUAGUCCUAGUCCUAACAUAAUAAUAGCAAAGAACCUCUUCAACUUCAAACCUCCGCGCCUCAUUAGCACUAUUAAUAAUGCCUUUCUCAAAGCCAGGUGCAAAGCAACAGCAACAGAUGCACAGACACGGCGCUCCGGGAACUACGAAAAAUCCCCAUGGGAUUUCGAUUCUAUUCAUUCCUUGAAUAGCCCCUACACCGAAGAGAGAUACCUGGCAAGAGCCUCCGAGCUGCAGCUGAAAGUGAAGCAACUGCUACUCGACCUGGAGGGAUCUCCAAAACAACUCCAACUGGACUUCAUUGAUGACUUACAUCGCCUUGGAAUAUCCUCAAAUUUCCGGGACCAAAUCAUCGACAUCCUCACCUCCCUAUAUCACCACAAAUAUGUGAACAACAACAACAACAUUAAUAGUGAUAAUGAUAAUGAUGCAAAGAUGGAUUUGUACUCUACAGCACUUGAAUUCAGGCUCCUCAGGCUAUACGGCUUUUCAGUUCCUCAAGAGGUAUUUGAUUGUUUCAAGGCGAGCGAUCAUGUCGAAUUCGAUCCAAACCUGCUUGGUGAUCAUGACGACACCCACACCAAAAGUUUGCUACAGCUCUACGAAGCUUCUUUCCUGUCGAAACCUGGGGAAACCACGCUGGAUUCAGCCAGAGAAUUCGGCAACAAGUUCCUACAAAAGAAACUCGUAGAUGGAACCAUCAAUGAUCAGCACCUGUCAGAAAUGGUGCGCCGAGAGCUGGAGCUCCCACUACAUUGGACGAUCGAAAAAGGCUACGCAAGAUGGUUCAUCCCAGCCUAUGAGACAAGAGCAGACAUGAAUAGAGAUGUCCAUGAAUUUGCAGCACUACACUACAACAUCAUCCAAGCUACAUACCAACAAGAAUUCAAAGAUUUCUCCAUGUGGUGGAGGAACUUGGGGUUCGCUGAAAAGCUACCAUUUGUGAGGAACAGACUGGUAGAAUCCUUUAUGUGGGCACUACUUGUAGUGCAGCCUCGAGACAUGGGAUAUACAAGGAUUUUGUAUGCUAAAGCUGUCAUCUGCAUAACCUCAGUAGAUGAUAUUUUCGACGUCUAUGGUAGCUUUGAUGAACUGAAACUCUUUGCUGAGGCAUUUCAACGGUGGGACUUGGACUCAAUUAACCAUCUUCCGGAUUAUAUGCAAAUCGCCUACAUAGCAGUAAACAAACUUAUCAUCGACACUUCUUACGAUAUUCUCAAGAAACAGAGAUUCAAUGCCAUUCCAUAUUUUAGGAGAGUGUGGUCGGAGCUGGUGGGGGCAUACCUCAAAGAAGCAGAAUGGUACCACAGUGGCCACACACCAUCCAUGGAAGACUAUAUCAACAACGGUGUCACCUCAUCUGGAGCUCCUCUAGCCAUGUCCCAUGCUUAUUUUCCAAUUAUGAAUCCAUUGGACAAGGAGACCGCCGAUGCCUAUUUCAACUACCGUGAUCUAGUCAACCGUGAUCUAGUCAACCGGUGUGCAGUCCUCGUCCGGAUUAUAAACGACAUCAGCACUUCCCCGGUGGAGAUGGAGAGGGGAGAUGUGCCAAAAUCAGUCGAAUGCUACAUGACGGAAGCUGGAGUUUCUAGGAAAGAGGCAGAAGAGAAGAUAUGGCAGUUGAUAGAUGAGGCAUGGAAAGAGUUAAACCAAGAAGCACAAGAUGGAGAUUUCUACCAUCCACAGCAUUUCAUCGAUGCCGUAUUGGAGUGUGUCAGAGCAACGCAUUUUUGUUACAGAUUUGGCGAUGGCCUUGGUGGUGUUGCUAAAUCUAAGAUCAUCAAGGAGAUGAUUGCAGAUAUAUUCUUUAACCCAAUCCCAUGCACCCACACUGGCACCAGCACCAGCAUCACGUGUUCUAACUAAUUAGUACUUCUCUAAUACUAUUUCACAUAUUAUCGCUUCAUUGCCUAAACAUCAUCCUACACAACAUCUUCAUAAAAAUAAGUCAAUCCAAAGUUGUUAUCAGCUU